AUGGACUCACCGACGCCUCUUUCCUCCCAACCGGCUCCCACCUCGCCAACCCUUGCUGCUGCAGGAACGGUGCUCCCACACGACGACACACAGUCCACACAGCUGGCCCACCAAGCGAGCCACCUCACCCUAUCCACACAAAUGCCACGGGCAACGACGCCAACGGCUGCUGUCUCACCGGUCGUACCUCCGCCUGCCGAGCCCCCAUAUCCCGCCCCCAAACGCACGCGAGCCUGCUCCGCCAGCUGUACUGCCAGCAGCGAUGGUUCCCCGCCGCUACAGCGCCCGCGGCAAGCUUCCGCGCCGAUCGGACCAUUUCUACUGUUGCCUGCCACUACCCCAUCGAACCCUGGGUCGGCCGGCGAUGCCCAACCGGCUCCACCGAUAUCACCACCACCAUAUGAGCACUCGCGCGACAGGGGCGGGAACAGCGCAAGGAAUGUAGGAGACGCUGCGUGCCAGCAGGUGGUGGACUGGCCCAAGCCUAUGCUCGCAGCCGACCAUGCACUCGGUGCCAGUGAUGCCCUGAUCCUCAGUCCAGCACACGAGGACUUUACACUAUUGUCUGCUGGGCCUGACGACAAGGUGACGCUGGCCGUGCUUCCGAAUGAGGUGCUACUCCACGUCUUGGGGUUUUUGGACGUGUCUGAUUUGCUGUCCACCUCGAGGACCUCCCACCAGUUCCGCUCCCUGGCCCUCGCGCCGAUCCUCCACCGCCUCCGCCUCCGCCACGCGCGCAACGUUCUCCCACCGCUGCUGACCAGCCCCUCGCGCCCGACGCUGAAAGACCUUAUGCACCGCUCCAUCUUCAUGACCAAGACGACGGUGGUUUCGCGGCGACUCUCGCGCUCGCUGACGGCGAUCCGGCUCUCGCGCCGGCUGGCUGCCCGCCCGGAGCCAGAGGCACUAGUAGCGCGGUCCGUGCUGCCGCCCGAGUGCGUGCCGUUCGGGUCGGUGGCUCCUGGCCUGGUGGCCAAGAAGCGGGCUGUCGAGCGCGAGCAGGUGCGCGAUGGCAUGCGGCGGUGGGUCGGCGGCGUGUGGGAGCGACGGUGGCGGGAGAAGGCUGAGGAUCGCCGCCGGUGGGAGGAGCGCAGUGGCGUGGGCCGCGUGUGGAGGCUGCGGCGCUUCUGGGAGCGGGUCGGCAAGGGAGAGAUACAGGCGGGCUGA